CAGAUACACGGCGACCACUGGGUGCGUUGCACGUCGGUCGUUUCGUCCGCACCGUCGGAUCGCGCGCGCGUUAACACGGGUUUUAUUCUCCCCGUUCUCGCACAUUGUCAUUCGUCGAACGAACAUCGGGAUUUCGGAUUCACUAACCCAUCACCGCCACAACCAUGUGCUUUGCUGUCGGAAAACCUUGCAAACCGUCUCUCCGUUUUUUCGCGAUCAUCGUGAACUCCGGCCGUCACCAUCACAACAAGUGAACGACGCUCUCGCUGCGCAUACAAGUCACAUGGUCGUUGUGGAGCGCGGCCGUUACUCGCCACCCCGCCAGUCGCAAUCGUUUGCCGCAGUAACUCGUGAUCACCAACGCGCCAGUUGUCGACGGGUCUUCGUUGCACGCGGUUUGCGUUCUCGUCAAUCUUGUCGUUAUUGUCGGGGCGAUGGACGGCAAAGUUAAGAAGCUCUACAAAGUCGUGUUGACCGGCGGACCUUGUGGAGGCAAAACAACAGGACAGUCAAGAUUAUGUACAUUUUUUGAAAAUUUAGGAUGGAAGGUUUACAGAGUUCCAGAAACCGCCAACGUUCUGCUAAGUGGAGGUAUCAAAUUUUCAGAAUUAAGCGACGAUCAAGCACAUAAAUUCCAAGAAAACCUUCUUAGAUGUAUGCUUCAAAUAGAGAAUACAUUUUUUGAAUUGGGCGAGUCGUGCUCACAGAACUGUCUAAUAAUUUGUGACAGAGGUGCUAUGGAUGCUGCCGCAUAUAUACCUAGUAAUAAAUGGGAUCUGAUAAUGAAAGAAAACAAUUUGAAUAUGGUUGACUUGAGAGACAAUCGAUACAAUCAAAUAAUACACAUGGUAUCUGCUGCGUGUGGCGCUGAAGAUUUUUAUACAACUGAAGAUCAUGCAUGCAGAGGAGAGGAUGUAUCCCUGGCUAAGAGUUUAGACAUUAAAGCGUCAGCAGCUUGGAUAGGGCAUCCAUACUUUGAUGUCAUUGAUAACUCAUCUGAUUUUGAAACCAAAAUAUGUAGAAUGAUUGCUGCAGUUUGUCAAAAAUUGGGCCUAGACACUGGUGACCGAUUAGCAACUAAUUCGAAAAAACGUAAAUGGUUAGUGAAAUAUCUACCUAAUGAUCAGUUAUUUCCUCCAUUUCAAGAUUUUGAUGUUGUUCACAAUUACUUGCAAACAUAUAACACAAAUAUGCAAGCUCGCUUACGAAAACGAGGACAAAAAGGUCAUUGGAAUUAUACCCAUACAAUUCGUAGACCAAGGGUUCGUGGCCAAGUGAUUGAGGUGAAAACACAGCUCAGUCAUAGGGAUUAUAUGAAUCUGUUAACACAAAAGGAUGAAACCCAUUAUCCAAUUUACAAAAAAAGGAGGUGCUUUAUCCACUAUAAUCAAUACUUCCAUCUGGAUAUUUAUUGUAAACCUUGUCAUUCAAGAUGUGAAGGAUUAGUAUUACUUGAGACGUAUUCCGCUCUUGAUGACCAAGAAUUGCUUGAUCGUUUACCAAAGUUCCUAGACAUUGAAGCUGAAGUAACAGGAAACGCAGCUUAUUCCAUGUUUAAUUUAUCACUUGUUGAAGAUUGGGACAAAUCUAAACAUUUUUGCCACUAUUUGAAAGGGCCAGAUGAAGAUCUGAGCGCUAACGAUCAUAAAACAAACAAAGUUAGUUACAUUCAUACAAAUGGAAAACGGAAAUAGUAACUGCUUUUACAUUUUGAAUUUAGUAUUGUAAUUUUGUUUCUAAAUUUUUAUUAUUGUAUACUAUUAAUGAUUUUUUCAUUACAUUUUGUUAAGUAGAAAACAAAACUACCAGUUUAAAUUGUUAUCUAUAGAUUUUCUUAUUUACUAAUCUAGGUACUUUAUGUAUUUUUUAUCAUGCAUACUACAUUACUCACAUAUAUUUUAUAUA